AUGGGGAUAACAAGGACCCUCCUCCAUUCCUCUUGCUCUAAGCUCCCAUUCCAAACUCCCUUCUUCCACUUUCAAUCUCAAGUGGUGGCUUCGAGUUUCUCAAGCCGCCUUGAGAUAACAAGGACCUCCUCAAUUCCCAUUAUAUCUCGCACCCACUUCCGAAAACCCAUCGCAGCGUCAUGCUCUGCCUCCGAUGGUAGCAAUUCCAGUUCAGCAACCAAGGUUUCUGUAGCUGACCCCUCUGUUGCAUUGAAGAAGAAGGCAAUGGAUAUAUCCCCCGAACUCAAAGGAACUUCCAUAUUUCUUGUGGGCAUGAAGAGCUCCAUAAAAACUAGUUUGGGAAAACUCCUAGCCAAUGUGUUACGGUAUUAUUACUUUGACAGUGAUAGUUUGGUUGAGGAAGCUGCUGGCGGUGAAUCUGCUGCCAAAUCUCUAAGGGAGACUGACAAGAAUGGUUUUCAUGAGUCUGAGACUGAAGUAUUGAAGCAAUUAUCAUCCAUGGGUCGAUUGGUGGUUUGUGCUGGAGAUGGUGCGGUUCAGAGUUCAACUAAUCUGGCUCUUCUGAGAUAUGGGAUCUCCAUAUGGAUUGAUAUACCUGUAGACUUGGUUGCGAGGGGGGUGAUCGAAGAUCAAAGUCAGCUUCCUGCAUUCAACCUAUCUGCUUCAGCAUCUUAUCCAGAGGUUUUGACUCACCUAAGUACUUCAUAUGAAGAGGUCAGAGGUGGAUAUGAAACAGCUGAUGCAACGAUUUCCGUUGAAAAACUAGCUUGUAAAUUAAGUUAUGAUGAGUUUGGUGAUGUAACCACUGAAGACAUGGCUUUGGAGGUUCUCAAGGAGAUAGAAAAACUGACUAGAGUAAAGAAGAUGAUGGAAGCAGCAGCAAGGCCUUUUUAA